GGAGUAUUAAAAUGUAAAAAUAAUAAUAAUAAUAAGGAAAAAUUGAAAUUAUUACAAGCGGACCGCCAAUAGUUGAGAUUAUUACAAUCAAUUUUUAUAAGCGGACCGCCAAUAAUUGAAAUUAUUAUAAGCGGACUGCCAAUAGUUGAGAUUAUUACAAUCAAUUUUUCCUAAUAAUAAUAAUAAUAGUAAUAAUAACAAUAAAUGGGGGAAGGGGCGGUCUUUAUUACACAUACAAGGUUAUGGCAAAGCUUCGCAUCAUCCAUUUCUUAAUAUAGAUAAUUCACCACCUCCCUGCCUCUUUAAGUUUGGGAUCCUCUGAAAUCUCCCCAACUCUCCAACUUCAUCUUCUUCCCAGAAUAGUAACAGUCCUUGCAAUUUGCAGAAGGGAUAGACUUCUCCUUCUCCUCCAUCUCCAACACCCGUGCAGGUACUACCAGUCUACCACCUCUUGCUUCUAUUCUGCCUUUCUUUAUUCCUUUUUCCCUUUUCUUUUGUAGUUCACGAAAAGUUUUGCUUUUUAUAUGUGGAUUGUGUGUGGAAUAAAGUGAAGAUAAAGUGGGUAAUCCGUUUCUGGAUGAGCUAACAUGUAAAGUGGGUUCAAUAAUCUGGUUUCAGAUCUCAGUUUGAAGCCCGGUUACAAUUUAAUCAUUAUUUCCCAACAUAUCCCACAAGAGCUGGCUCUGUCUCUUUCCUUGCCCCUUUUUUCUUACAUAGUUGUUGAAAAAUAAAAGUUGGGUUUUUUUCCUUCCAUAAAGUAAGCCUUUUUAACACAUCUUUAAUUGAAAAGAAUGAUAUAUUGUGAAUGGGUGCUAAAAUUGCUCCCUGGGUUUCAAUUGGUGGAUCUGAAAUCAGAAUUAGAAGGAUUUAGGGUUUUGAUUGUUUUCUGGGUAUCUUCAUACUAGAAGAAUAAUCUUCUUUGUUCACAGAAGUGUAGUUAUGCAGGCGGAUGUGAUCUUGUGCAGUUUUAUUUAUAUAAUAAUUUUUUAAUUAUCUGUGUUUUUCUUUUGCAGAUCUGUGUCUUGAGCUCUGCUGUUUUUUCUGAGGAAUCUCACUUCCAUAGUUUCAGUUGAAAAAAGGUUUUUGGUGCAUUAUGGGUCUCUCACCUUACUCUUCUCCGAAUGAUGCUGGAGUUUUGUGUGUGAUUUUGGUCAACACUGCCAUAUCCAUCUCAAUUGUCAAAGACAUGUUUCGCUCAUUCCUCAGUAUCAUCGGCAUCCGGAUUUCGUCAUGGGAAGAGUAUUCCAUCGACGGAACAAUGAUGGACAAUACACUUGAAUGCCGUGGAACUCCAUCGGAGUCCUACAUGGAGGAGUUUCGGCACCAAACUCCUGCAAUCCGGUAUGACUCGAUGUGCGCCGCCUCUAAGAACCUUCCGGAACAACAAGAAUGUUCAGUUUGCUUGACAGAAUUUGCACCCGAGGCUGAGAUCAACCGAUUGCCAUGCGGGCACGUAUUCCACAUGGCGUGUCUUGAGAAGUGGUUGAAGUAUUGGAAUCUCACAUGCCCUCUUUGCAGGAAUAACAUGAUCGCCCCCCAAGUAGGUGAGGAAGAUGAUGGUUGUCCUCCCAUGUGAGCGCUUAGAGGUUUGUCCAAGUCCACCCACCUUCAUGUGUAUAGGUUUAGGUGUAUUGCCCUAUCACAGAUCAAGUUUUAUAUAUGGACGCUUGACUGUUGCGUUAAGGAAUUGUAGUGUUGUACCUAUCUUUAUCCGGCAAUGGUUGCGUCCUUCAUAGCGACGGGUCCUUGCGACCGUUAUGCAUUGCUGUACAUUUUCUAUAAGAUAUAUAAUAGUAAUCUUCUUCAAUUCAGAAUCUUCUCUCCC